CUCCCCGACCCGCCUGCUCUGGCAAGCUUCUUCAGUCUCCCUCAACAAAACGAUCCUGGCCUAGCCCGUGGCCCGCUCUCUCUAGGUCAGGCCCGCUUCCCAGACUUCCCUUACACCUCCCCCGCGCCAACUCUCUAGUCUGUAGCCCCAAGGAGAGAGGAUGAACAUCCUGGCUCCAGUGCGGAGGGACCGCGUCCUGGCCGAGCUGCCCCAGUUCCUGAGGAAGGAGGCUGCCCUGCACUCCAACAGAACCUUCCACCCCCGGGUGAGCAGUGCCUGUCAGGAGCAGAGGACAGGCACCGUGGGGUUCAAGAUCUCCAAAGUCAUUGUUGUGGGGGACCUGUCUGUGGGGAAGACCUGCCUCAUUAACAGGUUUUGCAAAGACACUUUUGACAAGAAUUACAAGGCUACCAUUGGGGUGGACUUUGAGAUGGAAAGGUUUGAGGUGCUGGGAGUCCCCUUCAGCCUUCAGCUCUGGGACACUGCCGGGCAGGAGAGGUUCAAAUGCAUCGCAUCUACUUACUACCGUGGAGCCCAAGCCAUCAUCAUUGUAUUCAACCUGAAUGAUGUGGCCUCCUUGGAACAUACCAAACAGUGGCUGGCUGAUGCACUGAAGGAGAAUGAUCCGUCCAAUGUGCUUCUGUUCCUCGUGGGCUCCAAGAAGGACUUGAGUACUCCAGCUCAGUACGUGUUGAUGGAGAAGGAUGCUGUCAAGAUGGCCCAGGAAAUGAAGGCCGAGUUCUGGGCUGUCUCAUCUCUCACAGGUGAGAAUGUGCGGGAGUUCUUCUUCCGUGUGGCAGCACUAACUUUUGAGGCCAAUGUGCUGGCUGAGCUAGAGAAGACGGAUGCCCGGCGUAUAGGUGACAUUAUCCGGAUCAACAGCAAUGACAGCAACCUCUACUUGACGACCAGCAAGAAGAGACCCAAGUGCUGCCAGUGAGCAUGCAGUCCCCAGAUCCUGGCACUGCCUGUGGAUGCCACGCCUCUCCCCAGUGUUGGGCCCAUAGACAUUUGCACUGAAUUGUUUUUCCAGACCAAAGAGCUCUUCUCAUAAAGGCAGCAGGAACCAUGCCAGCCUAGGUGCCCUUCUUCCCCUAGGCACCACACCAAAGACUGGAUCUCUCUUUUUUGAGGUUCUCCAUGGGGACUUUGGGGAGAUGACCAGCAUGGCAGGGCAGAAAAGGGACUGGAGGAUCCCAAGAGCUUUGCUUUGUCUGCUGGGCACCAGUGGGCACAGGCACCCACCUGCUGCUCCCUUGCCCCAUCACACUGUGCCUUACACAAUAGUCUCACUUGUAUGUGGUGCCCUGGGAGAGGUGGCAAAUGUUGGAAUCACAAGGCCAUGGAAUUUUAGAGUUUUCGGGGAUCUAAGAGACAAGUUCACCCCUUUAUUGGGGCAGGAUGGGAGGGAGCUGAGGUCACUGGGCAAGGCUUAGUGCCUUGAAGGAGAUAGCUAUCCUUGUAGCAUGUGCUCUGACCUUGGCAGUGAGAGUGUUCUGAGUGAUGGAGGGGGAGCAGCUAUUCUCCAUCUUGUGCCAGCAUCCCCUAAGGUGUAAUGGGCAGCCAUCCACAAGGGGUGUUCUGAGGGGCCCCAGAUAUUAAUUCCUGUCUGAGAAUAUCUCCCCAAGCCCAUUACUGAUGCCUGAAACUCCAGCAUUAGGGAGCUAUUCCUUUGGGUUAAGCUUUGCUCUCUCCCUGCUUUUCAAAAAUUAUCCUCCAAGGGAUAAUAGCCUUGAGCUCCUGAGAGAGUUUAUCACAUGUUUGUUUUGCUGGAGAUGUCUUGGAGCUAGGGUCAUGGAUUUAGGUGCCAUCCAGCCCAAAUCUGUGACCCUGUCUCUCCCUGCCUUAAUAAGGGACUCUCCCUCGUCCUUGUUUCUAGGGUCACAGAUGUUAUGUAAGAAGUCUUCGGGUCCAUUGCUUUCCUACCUUGAUAGCUUUGCCAAGUGCCUUACACCCCCAGCACCCCAUCCUCAAAGGCACAGGUUGGCCAGACCCUGGGAGAACUUUGUUCCCUACAUCACACCUCAUGCCCCUUGUCACACCUGACUUCAGAAUCUCAGUUAGAAGGGACCCUAGAGAUCAGUCUACCCACCCACCUGGUCUUAUUUUAUAGAGGGAAAAACAAGCCUAGAGGAGAAAUGACCUACCCAAGGUCAUACUCAAUCAGUGGCAAAGACAGACUAGAACACAAUUCUCCUGACUCCUUAGUCCAGGAGUCUCCACUACAACACAGUGUCCAUUCCCCUAGCCUCAAUGUCUUCAUUUGGCCCCUGCCUCCUCUUCAUACAUUAUAUCCUUAGUUCUAUUCCUCCCUAUCAUUUGUGUAUCUGUGUGGGAUUUGUAGGACCUGACACAGAUCGAGUCUUGGGGGCUCAGCAGGCACAAAAAGAGCAUCUCCCUUACUUGAGUGGGGAGUUGGCCAGCACAUCCUGCUUUGAAGAGGGCUGGUGAAAUAUAGUUAAGCCAAACAAAUGGAUACCUUGAUUUUGUCUAAUGGAAUAAGGACUGUUCCACACCUGUGGUCCACCACCUCUCUGCCCAGAGGAGGGAGCUAUGUUUCAUCACCAGUCCCCCAGAAUCAGUCAAGAUUGGCCAUUGUGCUGAUCUGAGGUCUGAUGUUUCUGGGUGUUUUUAUUUUAUUGCAUGUAUCAUUCUACAGUUUUCUGCUUUGCCCUGCACUGGUUCAUACAGAUCAAACCAAGUUUCUCUUAAUUUUGCAUAUUUAUAGUUUCUUAUGGCACCAUAACUUCUUUUGCAUUGAUACACCCGUUUGUUUACUUGGGCAUUCCCCAGUCAAUGAGCACCCACUUUGCUUCCAGUUUUUGGCUCCCAUAAAGAUGGCUGUUCUGAAUAUGGCGGCUCUAUGUGGGGCUUGGCAUGGACCUCCUUGGCCUAUGGCAUACAUAGUAGUGGGAUAUCCCCUGGAGGGUGGGGCCAACCUUCUGCUAAUGUUCAGUGGGCAGAAAGUCAUCAAGCCAAGAUUUGGAUCUAGUCCUCUUGGCUCCCAGGCCAAUUCUUCCCCCUACAUCAGACUCCCACCUGUCCUGUAGAGGAAAGAUUCCUCUCUCAUUCUAGUGUCUUACUCCUCCCUGAUGGGAAGCAUGGUUGGUACACAGGAAAUAUGCUGGAUCUGGGUUCGAAUUCUGCCUUGGCUACUUCCUGUGUAACUUUGAACAGGUUAUUAACCUCUCUGGGCCUCAGCUUCCAUAUCUGUAAAUGAUCUCAAAGAACCCUGUUAUCUCUAUGAUCUAUAAAUAGUCCUCAUGUAUGUCUAACCUCAGUCCUUCUUGCUUGGUUUUUGUCUGUUUCCUCCUCCAUCAUUUCCUUUAGUCUAACACCAGACACUCCAGGAGUUACACAACCUACUGUCCCUUCCAUCCCUCCCAAAAUACACACAUGAUCACUUUGGGCUGCUAUCAGCUCACGGCCUAACUGGUCUUCUUACCCUUUAGUCUGGCCCAACUCCUGCCUGCCUCUGGCAUUCAAGGCCCUCCACGGUCUGUCUUUAACUUAUUUCCCAUCAUGCAGCCAACAUUUUAGCGACACCAGACUUCUCAGUUCCCUCCUCUUGGCCUCCUUUCCCCUCUCCUUAUCAUUAUGACACUCGUUCCCCACGGUUCUCCCCUAAUCUGUCGGUCGAAGCCUGUUUCUACUUCUACCUCCUCCGUGAAGCCCUUUCCCCAUCCCCCAGGUGAAAGUGAUUUCUCAUGGCAUCUUGGCUUGCCCUUCCCUUCAUAUUCCACUGCCCUCUGUAUUACAUAUAUUUGUAGGCUUGUCUUUCUGUCCUUCUUAGAUUAAGUUCCUUGAGAGUGGGUCCUGUGUCAGAGGAUCCCAAGUACCUAACAUGGUACAUUGCAUACUGUAGGUGAUUAAUAAAUGUUUGUUGGUUCAAACCUUA